GUUAAUAAUCUUACGUUGGUGCUCGGAAAGCAGGAAAAGUACAAGGAGGCAGAGAAGAUAAGCCGACGAGCUCUGGAUUCAUAUGAGAGGGUGCUCGGCAGAGAGCAUCCAGCUACGCUCGCAAGCGUUAAUAAUCUUGCGUUAGUACUACAAGAUCAGGAAAAGUACAAGAAGGCAGAGAAGAUAAGCCGACGAGCUCUAGAUUCACGCGAGAGGGUGCUCGGCAGAGAGCAUCCAGAUACGCUCGCAAGUAUUAAUAAUCUUAUAUUAGUACUUAGAAAGCAGAAAAAGUACAAGGAGGCAGAGAAGAUAAGCCGACGAGUCCUGGAUUCAAGCGAGAAGGUACUCGGCAGAAAGCAUCCAGACACGCUCGCAAGCCUUAAUAAUCUUAUGUUGGUGCUCGGAAAUCAGGAAAAGUACAAGGAGGCAGAGCAGAUAAGCCGACGAGCCCUAGAUUCAAGCGAGAGGGUGCUCGGCAGAGAGCAUCCAAACACGCUCACGGAUGUUUAUAUCCUCGCAUACCUCCUUCACAGACAGACCCGCUUCUCAGAAGCGGAUAAGCUGUAUGAGAGAGCCUGCAGGGGUUUUAUGGAAGGUCUUGGAUCGAAUCACCCUACUACAAAAAAGUGUGUAGCAAGUUACCAUUCUUUGAGGGAAGAUAUGGAGAACAUGUAUUUAUAUAGAGAAGAGUGA